CUUACAGUUCAUAGAACAACAUGUACUAAUUUUAAAGAUAAGCGGCUGAAAAAUAUUGUAUUUGUGAAGCUCGUUUGUUGCCGGACUGCGUUCAGUAGUCUUCCAUCAUUGACGCCAGACGGAUCAGGAAUCAUGACAACAUCCCAGCAGCACUCCAACUACCAAUUGUGGGGCGGACGCUUCAGCGAGAAGCCAAGUGCGGCUCUGCAGGCUCUGAAUAUCAGUCUGCCGUACGACUCCCGUCUCUAUGCGGACGAUCUGGAUGCCAGCAAAGCUUAUGCAGAGGCCCUGCAGCGUGCAGGAUACUUGAACACCGCCGAGGCGGACAAGCUGGUGAAGAGUCUGGAGCUGAUUCGGUACGAUUGGAUCGAGCGCACCAUCAAGUUCCUGCCCAGCGACGAGGAUGUGCACACGGUCAACGAGCGACUGCUGGUGCAGAUAACCGGCGAGCUGGGCCAGCGACUGCAUACCGGCCGCAGCCGCAACGACCAGGUGGUCACCGACAUGAAGCUUUGGCUGCGAAGGGGCAUUCGAGAGACACUCGGUCGCCUGAAUCGCGUCAUAGAGGCAGCCAUCAAACAAGCUGAGGCGCAUCUCGGCGUCCUCAUGCCCGGCUAUACGCACAUGCAGCGCGCCCAGCCGGUUCAGUUCUCCCACUGGCUUCUGUCCCAUGCCUUCGCUCUGCGCGAGGACGGUCUCCGUUUCGCGGAGCUGCGUGCUCGGGCAAAUGUCCUGCCUCUGGGCAGUGGAGCACUGGCCGGCAAUCCGCUCGGCAUCGAUCGUCUGUGGCUGGCCGAACGCUUGGGCUUCUCUGGCGUCACGGCCAACAGUAUGCAUGCUGUCGGAGAUCGCGACUUCGUAGUGGACUUCAUCUACUGCUGUUCCCUGGUCAGCAUUCACCUGUCCCGCUUGGCCGAGGAUCUGAUCAUCUACAGCACCAAGGAGUUCGAUUUCAUUCGACUGCAUGACAGCCUCUCCAGCGGGAGCAGUCUGAUGCCACAGAAACGCAAUCCGGAUAGCUUGGAGCUGUUGCGUGGCAUCUCCGGCGUGAUCAGCUCCAAUCUGACUGGCAUUCUGAUGACCAUCAAGGGCACACCGUCCACCUACAACAAGGACCUGCAGUUCGAUAAGGAAUACUGCUUUCAGUCGUUCGAUAAGCUGGCCCAGGUGCUCGAUAUAGCUGAGGGUGUUAUCCGGACGAUGCUGGUGCAGCGGGAAACCAUGGAGGCGGCACUCAGUCCGGAUAUGCUAGCCACAGAUUGGGCCUACUAUUUGGUCAGGAAGGGCAUACCCUUCCGGCAGGCCCAUCAUUUCAUUGGACGCGUCGUCUCGCUGGCAGAGCAACGCGGUGUGGGCAUCACCGAGGUGCCGCUGGGCGAACUGCAGCAGAUCUGUCCCGCCUUCGGAUCGGACAUUGCCAGCGUGGCCGAUUACGCCCACAAUGUGCAGCAGUACGAUGUGAUUGGGGGCACGGCCACGGCCAGCAUUCAGGAGCAGCUGCGCCUCCUGAAGAACUUCGUCAAGGACUUGCGAAAACAGUCCUAGAACACAGGCGCUUUAUUUGCAAGCUGUCGUUGCGUUUGGCUUUGGUUUUUGGUUAACAAAUAAACAAAAAGAUUUACAUUGGGCA